GGCCAAUGCCACAACCAAACGCUACCUCGCAAUCUUCUUACUGGUAAAUCUCUCUUUUCUAUUCAACCAUCUCUAAAGCUCCACAUGCUAUUGAUUUCAAGCUAAUAAUCACAUCCAAACACGCCUUUAAUCUGCAAAUCCCCAUUUUUUUCGAAACCCUAGGAAUUUCACAGCAGUGAGAUUCGAUAUACACAAUCGAGCAGAUUACAAUUCGGUUCGAUAAAAUUUUAUAAAGAUUUAAUGGAUUUGGAAUUUGUUACAGAAGGUGUAUCAGAAGAUGAUACUUUUAACAUUGAUCAGAACAAUGAUGAUUAUUCUACUUAUGAGGGUGAGAGAUGCGGUAUAUGUAUGGAUAUUGUCAUUGAUAGGGGGGUGCUGGAUUGCUGCCAACACUGGUUUUGUUUCACAUGCAUUGACAACUGGGCUACCAUCACAAACCUUUGCCCACUUUGCCAGAAUGAAUUUCAGUUAAUCACAUGUGUACCUGUGUACGAUACCAUUGGAAGCAACAACCUUGAUGAGGACUCAUUCUCUAGAGAAGAUGAUUGGUGCAUUGAAGAGAAAAAUAACAGUCUUUCUUUCCCGUCAUACUACAUUGAUGAAAAUGCAGUUAUCUGUUUGGAUGGAGAUGGCUGCAAAAUCCGAAGUGGAUCACUGAUAAUUGAGGAAGAUUCAAAUCUUGAUACAUCAAUUGCUUGUGACUCAUGUGAUAUAUGGUAUCAUGCUUUUUGCGUAGGGUUUGAUCCUGAAGGGACAUGCGAGAAUUCUUGGUUAUGCCCGAGGUGUUUGGCCAAUGAAAAUCCACAAAAAUCAGAUGUUAUUCAAGGCAACAAUUUUCGUCUAGAAAAUGGUAGUAAUGAAUGUUUGGUUGAUGCUGCGUUUUGUGGAAAGGUUUCUGUAUCUGUUGCUGAUGCUGGUGAGACGGCUGUUGUUGUCUCACUGGUUGGAGGAAAUCAAGUGACUGAGGAACCAAGUGAAAAACUGUCAUCAACCUCAGAAGUUGACAAGGACCUGAAAAUUGAGAUGUUAAUUUCUAGUGCUAGUGCCAAUGGUACCAAGUUGGAAACACUAUCAACUGAGAAGACUAGCACCCAACCAGCUUUGGAGGCACAGGAGCUAGAACCAUGUUUAUCAAAAGAUACACCCUUCAGUUUACACUGUAUUUCGUCGGGGCAAAUUGAUGACAUGAAAAAUGAUGUAGCUUGGGACAUACAGCAGAAAAGUAGUUAUGAAGAAUACUUAUUGCCAGCCAGCAAGAUGGAGCCUGAUUUGAAGGAUAGUAAUGUUCUUGAAAUUACCAGGGUAAAGAGAAAGCGUAGAGAUUGCAGUGAUGAUGUUCAUACAGUUGCUGGGGAUGUAGAAACGAAAACUGAAGUUUUGAAAGCUUCGACAAAAAAAGCCAGAGCUGAUAGAAGCAGUCAAGUGAUUGAUUCAAAAGACCAAGCUAGUGAAUCAGUUUCAGAUGAGUCUCAGAAAUGUAUCUCAGAAAAGGAAAAUGAUGCUUCUGAUGUAAUGAGUAUAGUUCGAGGGACAUAUGGUAGACCUUUCAAGGGCCAAGCACGCAAUAAUCACACUGAUGGGUCCUCAAAAGAAGGAGAAAAUGCGGCUGGUUUGAGAGUGAAAAAGAUCAUGAGAAGAGCUGCUGAGGACAAGGAGGCAUCCAUGUUAGUACAGAAUCUAAGAAAAGAAAUUAGAGAAGCUGUCCGUAACAGAUCCUCCAAAGAGUUUGGGGGAAACCUUUUUGAUCCAAAACUUCUUGAUGCCUUCAGGGCGGCUGUGGCUGGAUCUGUAACUGAACCAGCUAAAAAACCACCGGCUCUAGUUGUGAAGGAUAAGAAGUUAUUGUUGCAAAAGGGAAAAAUACGUGAGAAUUUAACGAAAAAGAUAUAUGGGAUUGGUGGAAGAAGAAAACGGGCUUGGACUCGGGACUGUGAAAUUGAAUUUUGGAAGCACCGCUGCUUGAAACCUGGUAGGCCUGAAAAAAUUGAGACUUUGAAGUCAGUUCUCAGCCUCUUAAGAAAUAGUUCUGACAGCACAGAGAUCAAACAGGGAACUGAAGGGAAAGCAACAAAUUCCAUUCUUUCAAGGUUGUAUUUGGCAGAUAAUUCUGUUUUCCCUCGCAAAGAUGAUAUCAAGCCUUUCACUGAUCUCAAAGCUACAGGUCUUGUAGAGAAUAAAGGGCAUCCCUCAUCUUUGGCAAAUCACUCUGCGCAAACUCUGCAAACGAAUCAGGUUUCAUCACAGGUUGGUAUUCGUUCCUCUGACAAUAAAGGGAAUGAGAGUACUACUGUUACAAGGGUAAAGGGUGAAGCUGCUUCUAGUAAAGUACUUCCAAACAAAUGCCCAGAAGUGAAAUCUGCUACUUCUUUAAGUGGUUCCAAAGUAAAUUCCCAGAAGGAAAUGGUGGGUAAAUCUGAUGAUAUAAAGAAGGAUAAGAGGAAAUGGGCCCUAGAGGUUCUUGCAAGAAAAGCUUCAGCCUCGGGCAGUAAAGCAACACAGGAAAAACAGGAAGAUAAUGCGGUGCUCAAAGGAAGUUAUCCUCUAUUGGCUCAACUGCCAAUCGAAAUGAGACCGGUAUUGGCAACCAGUCGCCAUAAUAAAGUCCCAAUGUCAGUUAGGCAGGCACAACUUUACCGCCUCACUGAGCACUUUUUGCGCAAAGCAAAUCUGCCAGUCAUUUGCAGAACUGCAGAUACAGAGUUGGCAGUUGCAGAUGCAGUUAAUAUUGAGAAAGAAGUCGCUGAUAGAUCGAACAGCAAGCUAGUAUAUGUGAAUCUAAUGUCCCAGGAGCUAUUACAUCGAUCAGACAACAUCAAGUCUAGUAGAGACACGGAAUCAGAUCCUUCCCCAUCUUCACCAGUACCCACUGACAGAUCAGAACAAGCAACCACUGAUCUUUCUGAUGAUCCCAUGAUUGAGGAGGCAUUGAAAAAUGCUGGCUUUUUGUCUGAUGAUUCCCCACCAAAUAGUCCAAGUCAUCAAAUGGAAGACAUUAAUGAUGAAAAUGAUGUCUCAAAAAAGAUUGGAGGAGAUGAACCUGAUAAUGUAUUUGAAAUGGAUUCUCAUCCAGAGCUUGAUAUAUAUGGUGAUUUUGAGUAUGAUUUGGAAGAUGAAGACUUCAUUGGUUCUAGUGCUUUAAAGAUAUCUAAGCUACAACAAGAAGAGACAAAAAUGAAAGUGGUUUUCUCUACUCUCAGUUGUGAUAGAUCAAAUAAUGCUAAUGACCUCAAGGCUGAUGGGAGAACAACAGCAGUCGAAGCCUCAAACGGCUCUUCCUCUUUGCAUGAGUGCGGUACUGAUGCAAGCAUUAGAAGUUCGGGCAUGGAUCAAGCUCUGUUAACUGAUGACGGAGGUGAAGAGCUUUCUCUUGCAGAAUGUGAAGAAUUAUAUGGUCCUGACAAAGAACCAUUGGUGAAAAGGUUUCCAGAAACCACAUUGGUAAAGUCCUGUGAACUAAUGGCUGAUGAUGUCGUUCCAGAGAAAGUUGAAUGUUUUGGGUCAAGCAAAAAUUUGAAGACAUCUGAAUUGGGGAGUGAGAGUUGUGCUGAGAAUUUACAGGUUGGUCUCCACUCUUCUGGUGGAGAAGAUAAUGGAUCAGGUUGUUCUCAAACAAGCAAAAAAAUACCGGUUAAGGAGAAGCAAUCAAAUACUGACACAAACAAGCAUUCCAAUAGCUUUAAUUCUGUAUCUAAAAAGGUGGAAGCUUACAUCAAAGAGCACGUCAGGCCACUGUGCAAGAGUGGAGUGAUCACUGUCGAACAAUACAGAUGGUCUGUGGGGAAAACAACAGAUAAAGUUAUGAAAUACCAUUCCAAAGAAAAAAAUGCAAAUUUCCUAGUCAAGGAAGGUGAGAAAGUAAAGAAACUUGCAGAGCAGUAUGUUGAGACUGCCCAGCAGACGGAGAAAAAAUAAGCUUUGGGCAAACUAACAUCUCUUUUGCAACUCUUUGGAGCUUUAUCCAUCUUGUUUACCUUAUUCUAGUCUCGAUAUUUUCUAGAUGUCAGAGUAAGCAAAGAUGUACAUGAAUGGCCGAUUCAAAAAGUGAGGAACUAGACUCUAGCAAAUGCCAUGCCUUGUAAAUUGUAAAGUAGCAUAUUAAGAUGUCGUUGCAGAAAGUGUGUGACACUGUCCCUUGCUUCGCUUGAGUUGUUUUUUUUGGAACUUCAUUCCAUUAAGAAAGAAGUACCAAUAAUGAUUUUAGCUAAAAAGAGAAGACAUACUCUUGAGCUUGUUGAUUUCUUAACAAGAAAUUUGAAAGAACUCAUAUGGAAUGAGGGCUAGCUAUGAAAAAAUACAUCGGUUUCUUA